CCCGGUUGCUAGGACUUGGAGCGGCGUGGCGUUCUCGCGGGCGUCCCUCAGAGACAAAGUAUUAUGUAGCCCAGGCUGGCCUCAAAGUCACCAUGAGCUCCUGAUGCCCUGGCCUGCUCCUCCCAGGAUGAUAGUCAAAGCUCGCUGAGCAUGGAUCCCACCGCGGGCCUCGCAGAGCAGCCUGAACCUGAGAAGACUGGAAGUGAGGAGCAAGAGCCGGUGCAAUGGCAAGCCCUCCCUGUCCUGUCGGAGCAGCAGUCGGCGGCCGUGGAGCUGGUGCUGGCCUAUGCUGCCCCCGUCCUGGACAAACGCCAGACAUCACGCCUCCUCCGGGAGGUGUCUGCUGUCUACCCGCUUCCAGCCCAGCCCCACCUCAAGCGGGUGCGCCCCAGCCGCAGUGCCGGGGGCGCCCACGCAUCGGAUCUGCUGUUGUGCCUGGCAGGGCCUUCAGCGGGCCCCCGCUCUCUGGCCGAGCUCCUCCCCAGGCCGGCCGUGGACCCACGUGGCCUGGGCACACCUUUCCUGGUGCCCGUGCCUGCCCGGCCACCCCUCACCCGGAGCCAGUUUGAGGAGGCGCGGGCACACUGGCCUACAUCCUUCCACGAGGACAAGCAGGUGACCAGCGCGCUGGCCGGGCAGCUCUUCUCUGCGCAGGCGCGAGCAGCCAUGCAGAGCCACAUGCAAAGGGCCGUGCGUGCCGCCCAGAGAGCAGCUGCGCAGGGCCUGCGGGCGGUGGGCGCUGUGGUGGUCGACCCAGCCUCUGACCGCGUGCUGGCCACAGGCCAUGACUGCAGCGGCACCACCAGCCCCCUGCUGCACGCUGUCAUGGUGUGCAUUGACCUGGUGGCCCAGGGACAGGGCCGUGGCACCUGUGACCUCAGACGUUACCCAGCUUGCUCCUUCGCCCCGGCCUCCACCGCCCAGGGUGCACGUCCUGGCAGCGUGCGCAAGCUGGAGGAGGAUGAGGACAGCCUGCCCUACGUGUGCACUGGCUACGACCUGUAUGUCACCCGCGAGCCCUGCGUCAUGUGUGCCAUGGCCCUCGUCCACGCCCGCAUCCAGCGCGUCUUCUAUGGGGCGCCCUCACCAGACGGCGCCCUGGGCACGCGCUUCCGUGUCCACGCGCGGCCAGACCUCAACCACCGCUUCCAGGUGUUCUGUGGCAUCCUUGAAGACCAGUGCUGCCAGCUGGACCCCGACCCAUAGGCCUGGUGACCGUCUGCUUCCAGACCUCUGUGUCCCCUGAAGCUCCACGGCCUUGGACCCGGGGGACCCACCCUCUGUAUCUGUCUAAGGACACUGACCGCCUGUGUUAGCGUGUGUGGGACCCUUUCAGCCCCAAGACAGCGGCCUCCUCUCUGCUGGCUGUGGCGACCGUGGGCGACUCUGCUUACAAGCCCAGUGGCUGUCUUCCAGUUCCGGUGGUCCUCCAGGCUCGGGGCAGGGAGCAGCCAUCGUGUGUGAAAAUAAAGCACCUCAAACCAA